ACUUGCAGACAUCUUGAACCAACAAACAACAGAUUUUAUUAAUCAGUACAGAGAACACACGGGAAUAGCCGGACAUGACGCAUGGAUUGGAAUGUCUUGGGACGGAUCACAAUUUGUAUGGAACUCAGGCGCGUACAUGAACUACAAAGACUGGGCAUACAGAGAACCGUCUUCUGCUGGCAUCUACGUGGUCGUGUCUGCCUAUCAUGGCAAAUGGAGAAAUGUGGCAUCAAUUCUAAAUCGUGGAUUGAAGGAACGGUAUAUUUGCAAAGCUAGUAUUGCAUUUACGUCGUCGACAACUGUAAUGACAGGAACGACUGGGACAUCACUGACACACCCCAGUACAAGUCACGUGACGAAUACCAUCGGAAACAGCCGAUCUGUCGAGACCUCCCACACGACACAACUUACGACAUUAGUCGACCAUUCGACAGGUUUCCCAACAACGGAUAACUUGACUCCAGAGAAACAAACAACUCCAUUUUUACCAUUCACAGAGGGCGACUUGGAACCAAAGAAACAUAAACCAACGUCACACGUUCCAGUGAUUGUUGGUAUUGGUGUCGUUGUCGUGGUUGUUGUUGUGGCAUACAUCAUCACAGCAGUCGUACUUAUCAAAAGAAGGAGAAACUCAACCCGCAAUGGCGUCGUCCUAGAAAGAUCUCCAGUUGAGAACAGUGUUUACUACACGGCUGCCGGAGAUGAUGUCGCCGUUAACAGACCUCGCCAACCGGAUCCGGUAACCAACGAUCAACAGGCACCUGGAGGCAGUCAGACCUGUGUGAACGGCGCACAACAAAUAAAAAUCGUCAACCCGUUUCGUUCUGGUGUGAACUCGCACAACCAGCUUGAUGCAAAGUCUCGAGGACAUGACUGCGGUUCGAAACUCCACAGUUCUGGUCGUGAAGACGACCCAUAUGAAAUCCCUGUGGUGAAAUCUCCCAAUAUUAACAGUGCUGGUUUGGAAACCUAUGAUCACCUUCAAGAUACUUCUGGUAAAAGCAGUGAUCUCUGGACUGGCGAGGAAACUUAUAACCACCUUCAAGAUACUUCUGGUAAAAGCAGUGUUCCCUGGACUGGAGAGGAAACUUAUAACCACCUUCAAGAUGCUUCUGGUAAAAGCAGUGUUCCCUGGACUGGCGAGGGAAAUUACAACCACCUCCAAGAUGCUUCUGGUAAAAGCAGUGUUCCCUGGACUGAAGAGGGAAAUUACAACCACCUUCAAGAUGCUUCUGGUAAAAGCAGUGUUCCCUGGACUGGCGAGGGAAAUUACAACCACCUCCAAGAUGCUUCUGGUAAAAGCAGUGUUCCCUGGACUGAAGAGGGAAAUUACAACCACUUUCAAGAUACUUCUGGUAAAAGCAAUGUUCCCUGGACUGGCGAGGGAACUUAUAACCAGCUCAAAGAUGCUGUGGAUAGAGCCAGUGGUUCACGAUGUGUCGAGGAAACAUAUAAUCACCUUCAGGAUGCUACAGAUAACAACAGUGGUUUGCAGACUGAUAUAGGAACCUAUAGUAACCUCCAAGAUGUUACCACUAAUAUCAGCUUCAGCGACACUCCAAAGAACACCGGGGCAGAAGAAACGGAAGAUGACGUAUACGUCAAUACAGCUCCAACUUAAACAUAGUGUUCCAAGUUUGCUUCUAUUGUUUCCUAGUGAUAUGAAUGGAUUUAAAUACAUGUACAUUUAUUUAAAUAUUAAACACAUUUUAUUUUUAAUGUCAGUCUGGUUACUGGUUGUCCUAAUGUUAGGAAAACCAGAAACACGCAGACAACUGAAACAAAAAAUAUAUUUUAAUCCGUAAUUUUUGUCGUCAGAAGGAUUUUAGGAGUAAAAAAAAAAUCUUACAAUGGCAGCAAACUCAGGAGUCUCUUUUUAAAAUGAACCAUUCAGUUCCUUAAAAGGCCAAUAUCGGCAUUUCUUCACUAUUUAAGAUAUCCCGUGAUCAGUCAUUCUUCUGUGCCAUCAUGUGCAAUUUAGACGAUGUACAACAGCGAUUUUCGUCAUAAAGACCGACUUACUUAGCCGUACUUUAAAACACUUUUUUUUUCGUUAUAUUAUAUUAUAUAUGUACAGAGAGAGAGAGAGAGAGAGAGAGAGAGAGAGAGAGAGAGAGAGAGAGAGAGAGAUAGAUUGAGAUUGAGAUUGAGAUUCAAAUUGCUUCAAAAGUUGACAAUAUAGGUUUAUGACAAAUUGUUUACAUUGUAAAACUAAUAAUGUGAAUGAAUUAAUGUAAGAAUGUUUAAAGCCGCACACCCUAGUUCCAUCCAGCGAAAAUAAAUUAUCAUUUGGUUAAUCUACAAACCUGUAACACACUUAGAUCACGUUUUUAUCAAAUG